UUUAUUAUCAGAACGAGUUCCCAUUCAAUUCCUGGGCAUACAUUUUGAACCUGCAUAAGAAAACUAAUCUGUUUUCCAUUUAGAAAUUUGAAAUGCCCAAUAAUGCAGCUAGCUACAUUUACGUCAUCAACUUUGUGAUCUUAAGUUCAAUCUGCAGGUUUACAGUUUUGCUGUUCAAUAUUUUUUUUGCACUUUAAACUCACUGGCUGCUUGCUACAGCUGCAAACUGGCUUGUCAGAAGGAAAACUGCAAACCAAAAAAAACAGCACUUAAUCUGUUAGAAUAGAUUGAAGAAUGGCAGCUCGUCCAAUCCAGGGCAACAUCGAAAAACUUCCAGACUUUGUCCAUAUGAAUGACUUGGCUUGUGAAAUAACUGGAGCAAAGAUCCUGUUUGCAACAGAUGAUUGGUUUGCAGCUGCAGAGAAUCUUUUGAAGCCUGAAGCACCGCAAUGGAAGGCCCAAGAAUUUACAAAUUUUGGCAAAUGGAUGGAUGGAUGGGAAACGAGGAGAAAGCGAAUUCCAGGUCACGACUGGUGUGUUAUCCAGCUGGGUGUGCCUGGAGUCAUACAUGGAAUGGAUGUAGAUACUUCCUACUUCACUGGCAAUUAUGCGCCGCGUAUGUCAAUUCAAGCAGCGUGCUUAAAUACUGAUGCUGUUCCAGACCUACCUUCAAGAGGAGAGAAAAUUGGAACUGCAGCUUCAGAGGAGGAAUAUGAAGCUAUUGGAAAGUUGAAUUCAGAGUGCUGGACUGAGUUAGUUCCAAUGACAAUUCUACAACCAGGUUAUGUUGACACCUGCCAUCAUUACUUCCCUGUUCAGCAGCAGAAGCGAUGGACUCAUAUCCGGCUUAACAUGUACCCAGAUGGCGGGAUUGCACGGCUGAGGGUUUAUGGCAUAGGCCACAAUGAUUGGUCAUCAAUUUCACAGGGGCAAACAAUAGAUUUGGUUGCAAUGACCAACGGAGGUGUAUGCAUGGGAUUCAGCAAUGCUCAUUUUGGACUUCCUAACAACAUUAUAGGUAUUGGAAGAUCCAAAGUUAUGUCUGAUGGAUGGGAAACUGCCCGGAGACUGGACCGACCAGCAAUAUUAAAGGCAGAUGACCAGGGUAUUUUACAGGUACCUGGCUGUGAAUGGGCCAUUUUUAAGCUUGGGCAUCCUGGCUUAAUAACAGACAUUGAGAUUGACACAAACCAUUUUAAAGGUAACUUUCCAGAUAGUUGCCUAAUUGAAGGGUGUGUUAUCAGUCCAGAGAAGGAGAGAGAAAGCAUCAAAGCAGAGUGGAAAAGCUGCACGAGCUUGAAAUGGAAAAUACUGCUGCCAAUUACUAAGCUGAAACCACACCAGCAGCAUUUCUUCUCCAUCAAAAUGCAAGAUGUCGUAACUCAUGUGAGGCUGACGAUUAAACCAGAUGGUGGGAUUAGUAGGAUGCGGCUAAUGGGACACCCAUGUUCCUUCCCUCGAUGAAUCUGUGAAGUUUCUCAUAAAUAUUUUGUAAAUUCUUCUCUUAGGUACCAUUUCAGCUUUGUUAGACUAUGAUAGACUACAAACUUAUCUUUAUUGCAGAGUGUCUUAUGUCAUUGACGCUAAUAACGCUAUGAAAAAAGUCUUCUCUCAUAAAUUGAUCAAUGACAUUUACCCUCUACAAAUAUAUGGACUGUGGAGGCACUGAUGUUAUAUGCAGGCAAUAGCAGACCUGAUCUUGUGAUUCUAAAUAUAAAUCAAAGAUCCAGAUUCAAAUGCAUGUCUUGGUGUCAGCAUUUUCCCUGCCUUGGCUGAAUUCUUUGUAGGGUUUUAAUUUUGAACUGUAAUUUUUGGCUCAGUUUGUUUUAGGUGUUCGACAAAAUUAGUCUCUUUUGGUCAUUAGAAACUGAAAUGUAUCAGCUUGUAGUCUAUAUAAAGCAUAACAAAUUGAAAGUGCUAAUAAACAAUUUAGUCCUGCCAAAGGGUCUUGGCCUGAAACGUUGACUGUACUUUUUUCCAUGGAUGCCGCCUGAUAUGAUAAGUUCCUCCUGCAUUUUGUGUGUGUUGCUUGGAUUUCCAGCAUCUGCCGAUUUUCUCUUGAUUGUGCUAUUAAUAACCAAGCAUACACAUUUAAAGUCACAUCAGCACUAAUAUUUAUCUGAGUCCAUCAGAUCAUCAUGGGCCAACAUAUCUCACAGGUAAAUGGUUUGGGUCAGAUGUCUAGAUGAGCACUUUGAAAAUCCUAUGCAGCAGUCCGAAAGCAAAAUCUAGUAAAAUGUAAAUCAGCAUGCUUCACACUUAUUGACAAUGUACAACUUUAUUGAUGAAGAUAGUUUUAAAAAGCAAUUUUUUUCUAAUUUCAUAGUGUUUGUACUUAUUGGAUAAAAUAAAAUCCAAAAAUGCCUCUUGGUCACUUUAUAACGAGGGAACCUCCACGAAGUCUUUGUAUCAGGGAAGUUCCCUCAUUGAAGUAAAACCAGGGGGUAUUUAUGCCAUGUUGAGCACCUCCUGCAUCAAGAAGGACAAGUAAAUGCAGCAGAAUUUGCUGCUUAGUUGGGCUACACUGGCCCUGCCUCUAAAUUUAAUAUUGAAUGGGAAUAUUAAACCUUCUGCAUAGAAAUCAGAUCCCCAAAUGACUAGAAUUCCACAGUGAUUCCCACUUCUACUUGUUGGAAGAUGUUGUGUCUGGGUGACCUUUCUUCCAUCCAUGGAGAUAUUGAGGAGUACCUAAAUGAGCUGUAUUCAUGACGGAAGUGAAAGAUAGACUUGAGAGUUUUAUUUAAAGCACAGGCCUCUCUUCACCAUUGUCAUAUUUAGCCUAGCAUUGAGUUGAGCAGUCAGCAGUUUUUUGAGACAAUUUCUCAUGAUUGAGUAACACAAUUAGAAUUACUGUAAUGUAUAUAAAAUAUAAAUUUACCAUGUAGUAGUAUAUAAUUGCUAUCAGCAAUGUUACUAUAUGAACAAGCAAUGUACCUGUAACAAAGUUACCUCUGUUAUUUAAUAUGAGAUGAUAACGCCAAUGGCUCUACUAAACUAUCAGAGAAAAUUAUACAAGUGAGUUUGUGAAAUAAUAAACAUUUCUAACCAAUUUUAGUUUAUUUCUUCCCUAUAAGAGUAUGUAACCAUAAUUUGUGGCGGAAAUUUGUGUAGUAAAACUUCUUAGUUAUUUGUGUUAUUUUCCUCUUUAAAUGCCAGCCCUGUACCAUUGCAGGGGAGAGGAGUCAAAUAAAUAUUUGAAAAUUAGAAAAAAAGUAAAAAUCUCAGUUCAGAGUCCAUUGUGUUUUUACAUUUAUCUUAAAUUAAAGAUGUCUUGUAUAUUAUGUGGAUGUUUUCUGGAUUAAU